GUUUUCGCGCCUCAAAAUUCUUAUCAUGAAAUGGUGAUGAAAUCGAAUGCUGUGGUAAUGAAAAGACUUCUGCGGUUCUAUAUUUGCUGCAUUUUCGUUUGUGGCUCUUUAUGGACCAUAUUUCCUCUUGUCAAUAGAGCUAUGGGCGUUGAAGUCAAUUUCACUGGUUACUUCCCAUUUGACACGAAUAAUUCGCCCGAGUUCGAAAUAGCCGUCGCUUACAUGAACAUUUUCAUAACAUUUCAAGCGUAUGGUAAUGUGACUAUGGACUGUACCAUUGUUGCUUUCUAUGCUCAAGCUAAGGUACAGCUUCAGAUUCUCAGAUAUAACUUGGAACAUCUUACGGAUUUCGACAAAACUGAGGAGAAAACGAAUAAUCAUAAUUGUGCACAUAAAGAUGAGAAUGAAGAGUUUAGACGUCAGUUGCAUAAAAAGUUUGUGCAGUGUGUUAAACGCCAUCAGACAAUUAAGUGGUUCGUUGUAGAAAUCGAAGACAUAUUCGCCGAAGCUUUGCUCUUUCAGUUUUUCGUUACGGCGUGGGUUAUUUGCAUGACGGUGUACAAAAUUGUUGGGCUCAGUUUAUUUUCAGUGGAAUUUGUUUCGAUGGCGAUGUAUCUCUGUUGCAUGUUAGCUCAAUUCUUCAUUUACUGUUAUUACGGAACUCAGGUGAAAUAUGAAAGCGAGUACUUGAACCAGUCGUCGUACUGCGGCCCCUGGUUGCUACUGUCGCCUGGUUUCCGUCGCAAGAUGCUUAUUAUGAUGGAAAACUGCAACCGUCCUAUCACACCGCGCACUGCUUACAUCGUUCCGAUCUCUUUGGAGACCUACAUUGCGGUGUUAAGAGCAUCCUACACACUCUUCACAUUCCUGGACCGGAAACACGAGUAG